AUGUCACAACUACCUUCCAUCCGUUGGGGAAUUAUCACCACAGGACUCAUCUCAUCCUGGUUCGUCGAAGACCUAGUGCUAGCGCAAGAAAACCCCAAAGUCAAGCAUAUCGUGCAAGCCAUCGGGUCCUCAGCACUAGAAAAAGGCCAAAAGUUCGCCGCGAAGUACUGCCCCCAAAGCACACCAACCAUCUACGCGUCCUACGAAGAAGUGUACAACGACCCGAACGUCGACGUCGUCUACAUCGGGACGCCGCACUCAUUCCACAAACAGAACUGCCUGGACGCCAUCCGCGCCGGCAAGCCCAUUCUCUGCGAGAAGGCCUUCACGCUGAACGCCGCAGAAGCGAGGGAAGUAUUGGCGGCAGCCGCAGAAAAGAAUGUAUACGUGCACGAAGCGAUGUGGCUGCGCCACCGCCCGCUUGUGCACGAGCUGCGCAGACUCCUCUACGAGGAGAAGGUGAUCGGAGACGUCUUCCGGACGGUGGCCGACUUCGCCCUCGACGUCGAUAUUCCCAGUCUGCCCCCGACGUCGCGGUACAGGGAUCCGGCGCUGGGUGCGGGCUCGCUCCUUGAUCUGGGGGUUUAUUCCCUCACGUGGGCAUUGCUUACCCUCGAUCCGGGGUCGCCCGGGAAGUCGGAGCUUCCGCAGGUGUUGGCGACCCAGACGCAUCUCCAUGGGGUGGAGGUUACGACUGCUGUGCUGUUGAGGUAUCUCUCUUCGGGGAGACAGGGUAUCGUUAGCUCGACGACGAUGAUGCCCGGAGACCCGACUCAUAUUGCGCGCAUUCAGGGGACGAAGGGGUAUAUUGAUGUUGAGGGCCCGGCGGCUUCUAUGCCUCUUUCGUUUACGGUGUAUCAGAAGGGUGCGGUGGAGAAAGUAGGCAAGAAGUAUGAUUUUCCGCGGAUUGGGCGGGGGUAUAUCUAUGAGGCGGAUAAUACGGCUUUGGAUGUGCUAGCAGGCAGGAAACAGAAUGAGCUCAUGCCCUGGUCGAGACUCUCCGUGUUAUGGAAAUCAUGGAUGAGAUUCGUCGCCAGGGUGGAACGAAAUAUCCUGUCGAUAUCUAAUGGCGAAAUUCGCUGGACUAGUUCAAUUGUCUCUCUCUAA